CUGAACACUCCAAGAAUGUCGGAGUUGCCGUAGUCUGACAAAUGCGUCAUAGCGUCUACGGGAUGUGAUUGGCGGAGAGGGUAGGGUUUAGGGCUGUGCCACUCGGUAGCGGGCGCUUGCUUGGAAAUCAACGUGGAAAGUGCCUGCGCCCAUAAUCCCCCUUCCCUUUCGCCUCCCGACACCACCUUUUUCGACAACCUCACCGUUCGCAGGAAGUGCAGCCGCCCCAUUUCCAGCAGUCAAGAUGGCCCGUCGUCCCGCGAGAUGUUACCGCUACUGCAAGAACAAGCCCUACCCUAAGUCCCGGUUCAACCGUGGUGUUCCCGACCCCAAGAUCCGUAUCUUCGAUCUGGGACGUAAGAAGGCCAACGUCGAUGACUUCCCUCUUUGCGUUCACCUCGUCUCCAACGAGUACGAGCAGCUGUCCUCCGAGGCCCUCGAAGCCGCCCGUAUCUGUGCCAACAAGUACCUCGUGAAGAUCGCCGGUAAGGAAGGUUUCCACCUCCGUGUCCGUGUGCACCCCUUCCACGUCAUCCGUAUCAACAAGAUGUUGUCUUGCGCCGGUGCCGAUCGUCUCCAGACCGGUAUGCGUGGUGCCUUCGGUAAGCCCCAGGGUACCGUUGCCCGUGUGAACAUUGGCCAGAUCAUUCUGUCCGUCCGCACCCGUGACGCCAACCGUGCUGCUGCCAUCGAGGCUCUCCGCCGCUCCAUGUACAAGUUCCCCGGUCGCCAAAAGAUCAUCGUCUCCAAGAACUGGGGUUUCACCCCCGUCCGCCGCGAGGACUACGUCCAGCUCCGCCAGGAGGGCAAGCUCAAGCAGGACGGUGCCUACGUCCAGUUCCUGCGUGGCCACGGUCUCGUUGAGGAGAACAUGAAGCGUUUCCCCGACGCCUACGAGAACGUUUCUCAGGCUUAGAUGGAUGUUUAGCGCUUUAGGACACGAAAGAAAAAAAGACGUAUUGAACUAUUCCCACUUUUCAUGUCCUGUUUGUUAUCCUUGAUGUCAUUUAGUCACCGUAUGGGGCGGAGUUAUUUAACGCGGAUUUCCUCGGCUUGCAUGGUUGCACAGUAUGAUACCGUAGGACGAUCCCGAAAGAGUAUCACGGAGUCGUACUUCGUAGUACGUAGUCCAAUAAGCUUCAGUCAUGUCAACGGAAUGAUAGCCUGUUUUGCUUACGACUUGUGAUCUGGAAAAGAUAAAUGAUAUCAUAUCUGUGCUAUCAUUAAGCCAAUGUAUUCCAAAUGUACUAGU